AUGGCCAAGCGCCGCUGCACGCGACGUCGCUUCUGGGCCGUGCGCCUUCACAGCAGCCGCCCAGCUCACACCGUUGAGGUCCCUGCCGGACAGUUCCUUCAACUCUCCAGGGCUUGCGUCAGCCAGGGGACAGCCGCCAGACUGCAGGUGUCGCUGGAGGGAGCCACUGCAGGACAUGGCAGUGGCGCCUUCAACUUUGCCUUCCUCGUCGAGGAAGGCGGCCGGAACCUGUCCUUGCGCUUGCCACGGGGCUAUGCCUGGCAGCUGAAACUCAUCCACAAAGGACCUGUGCCGACCAGCCCGGCAGUUGUUGACGUUCUGGGCUACAUCACACCGAGCAGAGGCGCGAGGAGGACAAUCCAGGACCCGCCAAGGCAGCACGGCUCGCUCCGGCAGGUGCGCCUGCAUGCAGGAUGGACAGCGCUGUCCUUUAAGUCCACCAGCGAUGGUCGCUUGGUUGUGAGCGAUGUCCCGAAAGCUUGCUUCUCUUCGAGAGAAUUCGGUGCAGCUGCAGCCCCACAGGUCGCGAAUGUGGCCGUUGGUGACGAAAUCGUCGAGGUGAACGGCAUUUCCUUGGCAAGCUUGGCUAAGGGCAUUAUGUCCCCGGGCUGUCAAUUCAACACCUGCAACGAGCAUGUGCCCGGCAGUGUCGGGAAACUGCAAUCGCCUCCCUGCAUCUCCUGCGACUUCAUUCGGCGCCGGCGCGAAUUUGGCUUGGACUUGGCCUUGCAGAUGUGGCUUCGAGCGGUAAAGCAGGACAUGCCGAUCACACUUGGCGUCCGCUCGUCGCGAGAGCACCGGGACGAGAGCAGGCCCAGAAAUCCCGAGCGCUCGCAAGCAACGCAAGCCCCGGUGGCAAGCCGCGAGGAGAUCAGGGCCCAGGCGCCCAAAGCCAUGCCCAAGGCGGCUGAAGUCCAGACAGCUUCUCCGAAGGCGCCUCUCCCCCGUGGUUACAAUCCCCUGAAGCCAGCGGCGACGGGCCAAGCGGCUUCGACCUCCCCAAAGCCUCGUCAGGGGCCACUCCGCGGAGCUGUGACACAGCUGGCUGGUGGUUUGUGCUACGAAGAGCUCCCACCCAAAGGA